AUGAAAGACUGAAGUUGAUAAACAGGGAAAUAGAAGAGAAAGCAGAGGCAUCAGAACUACAGAUUAACACCAUAUCGCAACAGUACAGAAAUGUGCUUCAAGAAAGACAGGAUGAAAUAAAACACUUGAAGCAAAAGCACCAUGAAAUGGAGGAUCUCCACUCCAUGAUGUCAAUGUCACCAACCAUGACCACCAGUACAUCAACAAGUUCCCUCUCUGGGUCCAAGAUUCCUGAUGAUCAUGACUUCGACGAUGUCAUCUCUUCACAGCAUGAGAUUAACCGUUUAUCUAAGGAGGUCACCCACCUACAAACAGAAUGUGAGAAGUGGAGACGGCUUCAUGGAUCUCAGUCUACACAAUCAAAUUUUCAAAUUGGUGGGGCAGAUGAACACACGGGGAUUGUAGAUGAGUCCAGCUUACAUGCACAAAUUAAGGAACUAGAAAAUCAACUAGCCCUUGAGGAUGAUAACCACCAACAUGAGUUGUCAGUUCUGCAAGACGCUCACAUACAGAAACAGGCAAGCAUUAAACGCCAACACAAGAUGGAACUGCAAGACCUCCAAGACAGACUAGAUCUGUUACAAGAUGAUGCGUCAUCAUCAGGCCAUAGCACUCCACAUUCAGACAGCUUGUCACCCACUCACUCACCCGUAAGUCCCUCGAGUCCAAUGGAUGUAGACAGGCUACGUAGCGAGCUUCGUGAAUCUCAACAUUCCUUACAAAAACUACGGAAAGAUAGACAACAUUUAGAAGAGUCGAAUAAGCGACUCAAAGUCGAUCUUGAACAGACAAAACUAGUUGAAAAGGAGAAAUCAAGGACAUUGCAAGUUCUUAAUAGACAACUUGAAGCCAUCCAGACUGAAAAACAAGUUUUAUUUGAUGACAAUGAACAAUUCCGGAAAGAGAAAAAACAAUUAAGGGAGAAAUUAAAUAAAUUGCAAGCAGAAAAUGAAAGCAUUAAAGGAGAUAAAAGAAAAUAUGAACAAUUAAUAGAAAGUAAAGGACAAGAGUUUCAGCUAGCCAACAGUAAGAUUCAAAGCCUUCAAGAAAAGGUCACAGAGCAAGAAGACGAGCUGAACGAGUUACGUCGAGAUAACGAUCAGGUGCGAGAUGACUUGUACACAACUAAACAAAGACUUUUGGCAGCUUUGGAAGCCAGCCAUGUUAGCACCAGUACUAUGCGACAGGAACUAAGGCAUGCUAGGAACAAAUUCAGCAGCACUGCGAUUAUUCGUCGUACCAAACUACUUCGAGAAAAGCAAGAUAUUGUCAAUAAAAUGAUCGAUAUCGGAGAGCAGGUAUCAGAGAGUAAGAGUUCUGUUGCUAGUCUCCAAGCAACUAAUCAGUUGAUGAAGUCAGAGACCUCGGAAAUGAUUGAGGAACUCGGGGACACUGAGAUCCAAGAUCUUACCUCCGAACUUGUUGACACAUUGGAAGCUGAGAACCAGAUUCUACGUGAACACGUAGUCAAACUUGAAAACGAGGUUUCCGACCUUCAACAAUCCUGCUCGUCUCUAGUAGGAGAUAAAGAAGAAUGUGAGAAAGUCAUAGUCCAACUUAAUCGUAAUUUUCACGACUUCCAACGAGACGACACUCGCAGUUCUCAGGUUGGCUUUGAUAGUGAAACAGAAAGUGUCACUCGGCCAUCUGUUGAGACACAUGCUGUGAAGCAUAUACAGUACAAACGUCCAAAAUCACCGUCAGAGUCAAGCACUGCAACUGAGGUUUCCAAUAUGACUGGUGCUGAAAACACAGAUGUUAGUAGUGAUGGAGAACGUCGAUUGGUGGAAGGGUCCGACUCCAUCAGCUUCGAUGGAGAGUAUGACGAUUCUAUUAUGUUUUCUUCCAUGAAACAGAGGUUUCCAGAAGCUGCUCAAGUAAUCCAACAACAAAUUGAACAGCUUGAGAUGUUCCAAGCUGAUUGGACGAUGGAGAAACAGGCGUUGGAGGAUGUUGUAGUUAGCAUGAGGGCGCAAUUGAAGGAGAAGGACAUGCAGUUAAAGCAGAAUAUCACAGCUCAGAAGGGUUUACUUCAAGUCGAACAUGAAAAGCAAGAUCAACUCCAAGAAAAUGUCAAUCACCUUCAAGUACAGCUCUCUCAACUAGGAGCAAGAUAUGAUAGUAUACUAUCAGAGAAAGAGAUGUUGGAAAAACAUAAGAACAUUAUCCAGCAGGAGACUGAAGAACUGUCACAGAGUUUUAGCGAUCAAAGUCAACAAGUUCAUACGUUAAAAGAAGAGAAUAAGAGGAUGGCAGCUCAGAUUGAACAUCAUCAGGGCAAUCUUCGAAGUCUUGAAAAAGAAGUUGAGAAAUAUAAAGAGGACAAUGAGAACAAUUCACAUCGCCUGCUUGAAAUCAAUCAAGAGAAAACUGAUUUGAUGAAGGCCAUAGAGGAGCUAGACCAGCAACAUCAGAAUGAAAUCUCACAAGUUGUUGAAUCCAGAGAUGUCCUUGCAAAAGAUGUCAAAAACCUCACCUCUGAAAUUGAAACCUUGAAACAAAAUUUUGAAGAUGAUCAUGAAAAAACAGACACUAAAGAAAUUCAGCUAGAAAAAAGUAUUGAGGAUUUAAAGAAAAGCUUGAGUGAGGAAAAACUUCAAAGACAAUGUUUAGAAGAAGAGUGUGAAGAAAAAGAUGGGGAGUUAACAGCCCUCCGGAGUGAGCUUCAGGAACAGAAGGUUUCAAAUAUUGAGGCUGAUAGUUCCAGGGUUAAUAUGCAAGAUCAGACCAGAGAUUUACAAGUAAAAAUAACAGAAUUGGAAGAAGAAAUUAGUGAGAUGAAGAAAAAUGAGGAAGAAAUUUCGACCUUAAAGAAUGAAAUUUCAAGAUUGCAAAAAGACUUGAGUGGAAAAGUAGAAACAGUUUCUAAACAACAAAAGGAUAUUGAUCUUCUUAAUAACAAAGUUGAGGCGUUUAAUGCAAAGUCUGUAGAGAUUGCUGAGGAGAAUUACAGACUUGGUAUAGCAAAAAGUGAAGAUAAUGUACAGCACCUCUCUACAUCAGUUGAUGAUCUUCAGAAAGUUGUGGCAGAUCUCCAGAUGGACCUCGAAGUUGCACAAACCGAAUGUGAAACGCUACAAAAUGAUCUUUCAAAUAAGUCAAAAGAAUAUGAAGUUACAAUGGAUGAGAUGUCUAAGAUUAAAAGUAUGGCUGCAAGUUCGAUAGAACUCGAAAGGGAAAAUUUAAGUCAGUCAGUAAAUCAUAAUGAAAAUAAAAUUGAGGAGUUGCGAAAUCAGUUGGAAGAAAUGGCGCAAGAUCUUCAAGAGACAAAUGACAUGCUAACCUCAACUCUUGAUAACAAUAAAAAAUUAUCCGAAGUCCUUAAGGAAAAAGAAAAUGAUAUUAAGAAAUUGGCACAGGAGAACUCAUUCCUUCAAAAUGCUGUGGAACAACAGAAAGUGAAGCUGACAGAUGCUGUUAGUUUAAAGGAACAGAAGCAACAGUUAGAAGAGAUGGUAGAGAAGCAUGAAGAAGAAAUGAUGAUGUUGAACACAGAGCUUCAUGAAGUUCAGAGAAAAUUACAAGCAACUCCUGAACGAGAAAUUAGAGAAACACAGACAUUGGGAAUCAUCACAGAAUUAGAAUCAGAACUUGAGAAAUUAAGACUUCAGCUUAAACACAAGGAUUCUGAAUUAAUGCAAUUCAAGAAUGAAGUGGAAGAUCAGAAUUCAAAACACCAAGAGAGCUUAAAUGAUUCUAGACAGAUGGCAGAUGAUCUGAAGGAACUUCUAAGGGAGAAAGAGAGAGAGAUUAUCGAGAUGAAUGAAGCACUUCAAUCACGAGAUCAUAGUUUAGAUUCCCUUCAGGAUGAUGAAAGUUUUAAUAAGUCAGUAGUAUUGGAAAAAGAAGCAGAAAUAUGUAGCUUACAAGAACAACUUAGAAACCUUACUCAGGAAAUUGAUAUAUUUAAAGAAAAUAUACUUAAAAAAGAAGUAGAAAGAAGUGACUUGCUAAAAAAGUUAGAUGAAUCAAAUCAAGAUCUAUUUAAUAAGGAUCAGUUGUUAAAUCAAACUAAAGAUGAAUUUGAAAAUCAGAUUGUCGAGAUGGACACAAUUUUGACGCAAUCAACUGAAAAAUUGGAGAAUGUUUCAAAGGAAUUAUUAAUUAAGGAUGCGAGUCUUUCUGAUGUUAAAUUUCACAUGGACAAACUUGUAAAGGAGAAAGAUGAUGAAAUUCUCAAGUUAAUAGAAGAAACUGAGCUUCUUAAAAGGGAAGUACAGGAUAAACAAAAGGAUAUACUUGAAUUACAAACAACAGCACAUCUCCAAGUUAUUUCAAAUGGGACAAAAGACCAAUCUGGACUUAGUGACAAUGAAAAGCAGUUUGAAAAGAUAAUCAAGGAACGUGAAAGAGAGAUUUCAAAUUUGAAAGAGAAAGUGAUAGUACUUACUGGUUUACUUGAAGAGAAAUCUACCUCUGUGAUGGGUAACAAUGUACUUGUUGAUCUUCAUAAGGCACAAAUGCAAGUCAAGACAUUUGAAGCUGAAAGAAACCAGAUGAUGACAGUCUUGAAUGAAAAGACAAGGGAAUGUAGCAACUUGAAAAAUGAAGUGCACAGACUUCUUAGAGCUGUUGCUUCAGAUAAGAAUGCUUUAGAUAAAGCCCUCGAAGACAAUCAAAACAUGGUGGAGAAAAUGAAAGGUCCAAAUAAUGACAUGAGAAAAGAAGCUUUGCAAAAUUUAUCUAGGCUUGUCCAGGACAAAGAUUUAGAAAUUGAAGCCCUGAAGCAGAAAAAUGAAUCUCUUCUGCUGGUUCUGCAGAGGGAAACACCUGACAAAACAACAGAUGUAUCAAACCUGUUAGUCGAAAACAGUAACUUGCAGAAAUCAAAUACAGUAUUAAUAGAGGAGCGUGAUCAACUGGUUGUGAGCAUUCACCAGAAGCAUCAAGAAAGUCUGGCAUAUUAUGAAGAGGUUCAAAGGCUUGCAGGAAUUGUUACAACUGAAACCCAAAAUCAUAACUUGAUGAAGGUGCAAGUAGAACAAUUAACUAAAGACUCCCAACAAAAAGAUUUAGAAUUAUCAACUAUAAAAACAGAACUUGAUGAAAAGAAUAAUUCCGUCUUACAAUUGCAGGAAGAUCUAGAAAAUUAUAAAGGGUCACUUUCAAAAUUAGACAAAGAUUUUAAUGCUUUGAAUGAUAGCUUUUUGGAAAUGGAAAAUGUAAAGAAAGAACUUGAAACAAAACUUAGUGCCUCAGUCAUUGCAUCAGAAAAUGAAGAUAAGAUGUCAGUUGUGAUUAAGGAAAAAGAAGGUGAGAUUAUUGAACUGAAGAAACUUGUUGAUGAAUUUAACAAGAGUUUGGCUCAAGGAAAUGCAUCAGUUAUUGAAGAGAAUGUUCUUCCUCCUACUUCUGUAAUUUUGACUGCUAGUGUACCUGGAGAUUUAACUGAUGGAAGGCAUCAUGCUGGUUCUGUUAAAACAGAAAAAGCUAAUGCAGGAGAGGAUACAGAGUCAUUACUAUUUGAAAUUCAAAAUCUGAAACAGAAACUAAAACAGACUGCAAAGACAGAUGAAAUCAUCAAUAAUUUAAAAGACCGAUUAAGUGAGGAGAAAAUUCAGAUAAGGGAGAUUGAUAAUCAAUUAAAAGAAAAGAUACAUGAACUUCAGAAAAAGAACUCUGACAUAGCAAUGUUAAAGGAACAAAUUGACAUACAAAACCAAGCUCUAAUGGAUGGAGAGGUUGCCACUCAGCAUAAAUCACAAGAGGCUCUUCAACUCCGCAAUCAGUUACAAUCCAGAGAAAUUGAGUUGCAGACCUUUAGGAAACAGAAAGAAACCUUACAAUUUGAGCUAGAAGGCUUCCGUUUAGAAGUUGAGGGUCACAAAAAGGAGAAUUUAAAUCUUCAGCAUGCAAUUCACAACAAGGACGCUGAGUGCCGUCAAAUUCAAGAUCUUUGUAAUCGGAUGUCAGCAGAGAUUCAGGAGAAGAAUUUUGAAAUUACAGCUUUGAAGGAAAAGUCUGCAACUCUGAAGAAACUAGUGGAAGAGGAUAGUAGUAGUCAAGGACAGAUGCAGGACCUCCUCAGAGAAACGGAAGCAAUGCAGAUGCAGGCAGCUCUAUUCCAACAGGAGAGAGAUCAGGUUAUGUUGGCAUUGCAAAAUACACAAGCUGAGCUGGCUUCAGUUAAGCAACAGUUUCAAUCAAGUGAUGAUAAGAAUCAACGUUUGGAGCGUGAGUUAAGUAGGCUACGCAGUCACCUGCUAGAAAUGGAAGAAUCGUACACGAAAGAUGCCCUACAGGCUGAGGAAAGAGAGAAGGAGCUUAGGAACCGGAUUGUUGCUGCAGAGGAAAAAGCAAUAUCUAGCUCUACUGAUGUGCAAAAAGCAAGUUUUGAAGCCACUGCUCACAUUGAGAGUUUACUUGACCAGCUACAUGCUGUGACAGCUCAGAAGGAUGAGGCUCAUAUCCAGUUGGCUGCUGCUCAUGAGCAAAUUCAACAGUACUCUGACUCCAUGACGAACCUGCAGAUGGUCUUGGAGCAAUUCCAACAAGAGAAAGAUGUGGCAAUGCAGACUGAGAUUGAACAGCAUGCGAGACGAGCAAAAGAAAAAGAGAAAGCCGCACAACUACUCUUGAAGCAGAAUGAUGAAUUAAAGAAUAAACUAGAAGAGACAAAAGAAGCGCUGAGUGGUGCGAUGCGGUUGAAUGAACAACUUGACAAGAAAGAAGACCUGAUCAAGAAAUUAAAGGAAGAAGUUCAUGCAAAAGAAGAUGAGGCUGAGCAGUACCACCAGAAGCUGAUAGAGUUCAACACAAUGAAUGGAUCCAAAGUAGACAAACCUUUGAUUCGCAAUCUGUUUGUUGGUUAUUUUACCACUCCUGAUGCUAAAAAAUCACAAGUACUCAAACUCAUUGGCAGUGUUCUGGAAUUCUCAGAAUCUGAGUUACAAAAGGUCGGAGCAGAAGGUCAUCAGAGAGGCUGGCUGUCUGGUUUUUGGUCUAAACCAAGUGCUAGCAAAUCGCCACCAAUGUCACCUACAACAGCUGCUGCCAACAAGUCUUUCAUGGAACAAUUUGUAACAUUCCUGGAGACUGAGUCGACUCCGGUAAAGAAGCCACGCCUACCCGUAGAGGACAUGAUACGAGACGAACCUCGCACACCUGCAUUCAAUCCGUUCUCAGCACCGAUUCCGAAGGAGUCCCCCUUUAUCAAGUACACUCCUCCCAAAUCCUCCGGCGAUAAACCACCUGGUUUUUUGCAACCGACAAUAGCACCUGUACCGAUGUUUUCCGCAAUUGCCGUAACCCCGAAAAGCUCAUUGGAAAAGAGAAGUGCGCCACCACAGAAGGGUAAUAUCCUCAAAGAGGUGCUUAAUAAUUAGUCUAUAAGUAAAUAUUGGUUAAUUAAAUUGAAAAUGAAAAUAUGAAAUAAAAUUAAUAAUUAACCAAUUAAAGUAUCAUGAUUAGGCCAAAAAAAAAAAAAAAUGUUUGUUUGCCCUCCUCCCUCCACCCGCCCUUAACUCACUAAAAAAAUAGGGGCGGAAAAACAGAAAAUUUAUCUUUAUUUUUGGCCAGAUGCCCUACAAAUUUGUCUGAUGUAAGAUAUUGCCAUUCUAAGCCUCUGUGGGUUAUUUUUAUUCCAUCUGAUGAGUAUCAUAAAAAAAAAAAAAUUAAAUAAAAAAAUUAACUUUUUCCACCCGCACCUAUUUAUCAUUUUUAAAAAAAGGAGGGCAAACAAACGAUUUUUUUUUUUGGCCUUAUCAAUCAGAUUGGUAAUCAAUCAGCAUGUUUAUAUAUUGCAUUAAAAUUGGGCUGGAGGUGGAAUUACUCAAAUAUUUAUUACUUUUUUUAUAUUUGUUCAGAAGUGAAAAAUCUACUACUGGAAUGUACAUUCUUUCAUAAUUCUUGACAAAACUUAAAAAAAUGUUAUUGUGUGUACAGUAUUGUGUAAUUAACCAUAAUCAUUAUUUACAACAUAAUUGUUGAAAUAAUUGCAUAAUACCCAGGAUGGUUCUCUUUACUGCUGUAAUGAAACCACUUCAUUUAAAAGUGGUAGACAGAGCAAGUCGAAGACUAUAUGGAUAUUCUACAUGUACUUUUAUUAAAAUUGAUUUAAAACCACCAAAAUUAUAAUUUAUAAUAAGCUUAUUUGAGGUUUCUGAAUUAGGGUUCAUUGGUGAGUUUAUAUUUAAAUUGUAUUAAAAUUUGUAUGUAUAUUUUAGUUCGGUUUUUAAUCAUGUUUAACAUUAUGUUUCAUGUGAUAGUAUAACUUUGAGGACAGUAUUUAAUUUGCAAGUAAAAAAGUAAUGUGUAAAAUUGAUGCCACCAUAUUAAUAAUAAGUAAAAGUAUAAUACUUUUACUUGUUAUUCUACAUUUUGGAAUUAGUAUUAAUUACCAGUAAUAAUUAAAUUAAUUUCAAUAAAAUUAUUAAUGGUUGAGUUAUGCACUAAUGUUAAUUAUCACAUAGCACAGGAAAUGAUUUUUACUGCGCAAGUGCAAUAAAUCUGAUUGGUUGAAUGUGUUAGUAUAUUUUAUGCAAAUUUCAUUGAUGAUAAUUAUGAUUAUUUCUAUUUUGAAACUUUGUUGUGCCUAACUGUGUCAACAUACCACAAAGGGUUUUUUUUUUUAAUGUUUACAUUCUAAAGUUAAAACUUUGAAUGUUUCUCUUUGGGUCCAAUUUGUUUUCUACAAUAAUUAGGAAUUAUAUUUAUUUAGGAUAUUUGUUGCAUUAUAUUAUAAUUGUAGGGUGUACAGAAAAAGAAUUAAAAUGUUCUAUUUUAUGCCAUGGUUAUUAAAUACAGAUUUUUUUACGAUAAA